AUGUCAAUGUUUAAAUCACUCCAGCAACUUCCUGGAAUCAUCACCAUAUUUCACAAUCCUCAAUCAGCUCUGUCGCAAUCGCUAUUAAAGACGCUAAACGAGAAGGCGAUCAAAUUGGGACCUGCACAACCUAAGUCUCUGGUUGACAGAGCCUCCAAGCAAUGGAAUACAAUCACAAAAGGACCACAGAAUGACCACUUGGAACGUUAUAAGGUAGAUAUAUCCGAAGGGGCACCCACGCCUGAUCAAUUCGCCUUCAUAAAGACAGCACUUUCUAUUCAUCCAAUGUGCAAGCAAGCGUUCAAGUCUGCAUUUCCCAAAUGGGGGUCUGCAAUAAAUCAUGUCAGUGAUAUCAAUCGGCUACCUGAUUACAAAUCUGUUUUUGGCAAGAAGUCAGUGACCCAGCUUAUAGAUGAAGGUUUGUUUGUACCGCCAUUGCUUGUCGAUUGGGACAACAGCCUGAUUGCCGCCGACGAGUCGUCAUUACAGAAAAUGCUACAAAAUCACUCAAAAUCGACAGAAAUUUAA